AUGUUCAACUCAGUCUUCGGUCUUCUUCUCUCUUCCGGCCUCGUCGCGGCUCACAUGCAGCUCAGCUGGCCUUAUCCUUUGCGCAGCGCCUUGGAUCCCGAGACUGAUCCCUCAAGCAUUGAUUAUUCGAUGACCAGUCCUCUGGAAAGCAGCGGAUCCAACUUCCCAUGCAAGGGAUACCACAAGAACACUCCCUGGCGCACCACCGCGAACUGGGCCGCUGGCGAAACAUACAACAUCUCGUUGUCCGGCUCCGCAACCCACAGCGGAGGAUCAUGCCAGCUCUCGUUGAGCUAUGACAAUGGUGAAACGUUCAAAGUGAUCGAGUCCAUGAUGGGCGGAUGUCCGUUGACUACCGAAUAUGACUUCCAGCUCCCCGGCGACGUGGCUGACGGCAAAGCCCUGUUCGCUUGGUCUUGGUUCAACCUGGUCGGCAACCGCGAGAUGUAUAUGAACUGUGCUGAUAUCGAGAUCACCGGCGGUAGUGGCAGUACUGCUUCGUUCGAGGAGAAGUAUCCGGAGAUGUUUGUGGCUAAUGUGGGCAAUGGAUGCAAGACGGUUGAGAAUAAACACACGGUCUUUGCGGAGCCGGGUGACCAGGUUAUCUACGAUGAUGGGGUUAGUGAGUCGUCGAAGCCAUUCCCAUGUGAUUCAAUCGAAUGCUUCAAUUCUGCCUGGCCUCCCUUUCGUCUUGAGAAACUUUUUGCCCUGGAAGGGGACGAGGGCGAUGUUCAGUAUCAUGUUGCUGAUGAGCUUUCGAGCAUGUCCAAAAUGACCUCACCAUUGGACAAGUCGACAAGUGGGCAAGUCAGAAAUGACGUCAAGUCGGCCUUCCUGCACGGCCACAGCCCGCGCCACGUGUGGCUGUCCGGCUUGCCGGUCCCGGCGGCAUCGCCUUCUUCCCCGUUCUCUGCCAACUUCACAUCCACCAUGGCUCAUGUUAAGAAGCCAUCCGUCAUGCCUACCACUAGAAAGAUUGUCUGCUUCUCAGACUUUGAUGGCACUAUCUUCAUGCAAGAUAGUGGCCAUGUCCUGGUCGAUGCACUAGGAUGUGGCGCGGAAGGUCGCCGGAAGUUCGAGGAGGAGAUCAAGACGGGUGCUCGGUCGUUCGUCGAAGUCUCCGAGGAUAUGUGGGGAUCGCUGGAAAUUCCAUUCUCGGACGGUUUCGAGGUCAUGCAGCAGCGACUGGAUUUGGAUCCUGGCUUCAAGGAGUUUCACCAGUUCUGUGUCGCCAACAAAAUCGACUUUAAUAUCAUAAGUGCUGGUCUAAAGCCUGUUCUGGCUCAAGUCUUGAAACAGUUCCUCGGCCCCGAAGAGGCCUCGCAAAUCGAAAUUGUCGCCAACGACGCUGACAUCCGCGAGGAGGGUGGCCAGUGGAAGCCGAUCUGGCGUCAUGACACUCCGCUCGGACACGACAAGGCUCGGUCUAUCCAGGAGGGCCGCGCUCUGGCCGAAAAAUAUUCUCUCGACAACGAGAUCCCCCUGAUUAUCUUCAUCGGCGAUGGUGUUUCGGAUCUGCCCGCUGCGCGGGAGGCUGACGUGCUAUUCGCGCGCAAGGGUCUGCGGUUGGAAGAAUACUGCAAAGAAAACCAGAUUCCGUAUAUUCCGUUCGAGGACUUCUCUGAGAUCAAGCGUGAGGUGCAAAAGAUCAUGAAGGAGGACGAGGAGAAGACCGGCGGCCAGGGCGUGCCCGCUCGAUUCAACCCGCGGGCCAACAUGUGGCGUCGCAUUUCCAGCAAGCAAGCUGUUCCUCAGUUCAUUGCCGCUACCCCGAAGGAGGAAAAGAUGAUGCUGUGGCCGGAAAGCUUCUCGGAAUUGCAGGCGGAGAAGGUCAAGGAUAAGGCUGCCUUCUAG